AUGUUCGCCGCGUCGUGGAGCGUCGUGGACCUGUUUGGGGGCGUGCAGAUCUGGCGCGAACAGUCGAGGGAGCUCACGGCGUCCGAGCCGCUGAAUAACGUGCUGCUGUCCACGACGUCCGCGGGGUUAGUGACCUUUGUCGCUGGCCACAUUGGAGGCGCGGGCUUCGCUGUCUCGGCUCUGCUCACGGCUCUUGUCGUCGCCGCCGCGUGGUGGACACUGACCGGCGCUCGAGCAAAGAGAGCCGUCCCGAGUUUCAAAGCUGUGCAAGUCGUUGACGGCUCGCCGUCCGAGAUUUUCAAGUCGUGCAUACGAUCGACGACCAUUCCGAUAUUAUCCACGUUGUCUAUCGACCCGUGUGGAUGUGGCCAAUAUGGCUGA